AUGAUUUUAAAUAACAUUGAGGAGGAUUUGGAUAAGCUAAGAGAUAAGAUUGGUGAAGCUUUGGAGGAUGCUUGUCAAUGGAGGAGGGCGGCGGGAUUCAAACAGGAGUUUUCGACGAGUGAGACUUGGAAGCUUAUUCGGGCAGUGCAUGAGAAAAGAGAUUGGUCGAAGUGCAUCUGGUUCUCUCAGGCUACUCCUAAGUAUGCGUUCAUGAUGUGGUUAGCUUGUUUGAACAGGUUAUCCACUAUGGAUAGAAUUGCUCGUUGGAAUAGAGGUGUCGACACUACUUGCGUUCUGUGUAAGAAUGCUCUAGAAAACAGAGAUCAUCUGUUUUUUGAGUGUUCUUAUUCUUUGCAACUAUGGGAGAGUCUUGCUAAGGGGAUUAUGGGUAGCUCGUUCACAAACUCUUGGCCGGAGAUAGUGAGUAUUGCUACUGCUGGAGCAAUGGAGAGAAGAAAGAGAUUCUGUUUUCGUUAUGCUUUUCAUGCUGCCAUGUACUCUUUAUGGCGCGAAAGAAACAGAGUCAAACAUGGAGAAAGAUUGACUCCGGUGACUCUGUUAAAGAAGCUGGUUGAUAAGGGAAUUAGAAAUAAAUUGAGCUUAUUGAGGCAGAAGGGAGUGAAGGGGAUGCAGGAUUCCAUUCAGUUGUGGUUUAGCACUCGUGGCUGA